AUGGAUGAUGAUUAUUUUUCCUACAGCUAUGAGCCGAUCCAUCACGAUGAGGUUCGGCUGGUGAAAUUCAAGCAUGACAGCGACCGCAUAUCAGGUGUUCUCAAGACGUUCCCGCUUGGGGGACCUAUCCCUCCUUACAACGCUCUGUCAUAUUCCUGGUUAAGCGAAAGCCCAGCUACUAACGCCACAGAAGAAUGCCAUGUGCUUGAAACUAAGCAAGGACCCCUCCGUGUCCUCGAUACGAUGCAUAGUUUCUUUCGCGUCCUGCUCUUAAAGGGUGCCGAGUCGGAUGACCUGUGGUGGUGGAUCGACUCGAUCUGCAUUAACCUAAGGGACGUGGAAGAGAGGAGCCAGCAGGUGCAGCUAAUGGGGCAAAUCUAUCGCAAUGCCCACGCCGUCAUCAUUUGGCUGGGCGAGGAGUUAGACCACACAGAUCGUGCUGUUGACUUUAUCCAACUACUCAACAAGACAGUCAGACAGCAAACAUACCGUCCUGGCUCCGACGAGAUUCGCCGCAUUUUCCAGCAAGACCAUUAUCAGCCACAUUGGGCCGCCCUGACAAGUUUCUUCCAGCGGCAGUGGUGGUCUAGGAUCUGGACUGUUCAGGAAUAUGCCAUGAACACAAACGCCUCAUUCUGGUGGGGGAUGCGGAGCUUCAGCCGGUUCGCCGUCGAGGGGGCUCUGAUCGGUGCGGACCAGUGCACGUCCGUCGCAUUCAAAGGAACUCCUGCCUUUCGUCAUGGAUUCAGCCGAAGAAGAGUACAGGUACUAUACAAAAAGGGGCAGGACGAGACCAAUAAGCUCCACAUAAGUUUAGUAGCGCUGGCCGCCUACACUUCAUGUUUUGAGGCUACAGAUGACCGAGAUCGUUUGUAUGGCAUUAAGGCACUAGCCUCCGAUACCUGCUUCCUAGACGUAGAUUACUCGGAGAGCGUGGAAGAUACAUACCUGCGCUUCGCGAAGGCAUUUAUUAAGCACUACAAGUCACUGGAUAUCAUCUGCUUUGCCUCGAUAUAUAGCUCUUUGCCUGGCUCUGUGCUGCCAUCAUGGGCACCUGACUGGCGAGCAAGGAUAGACCCUCUGUCGGUUCCUCUGAUGGUCAGCCAAAGUGCAAAGCCUCAUAUCGGAAAUCUUCGCCCCUUCGCCCUGACCGUCGAUGAGCCCAGUGGUCCGUCGCCCCGCUAUGCCGCUACCAAAGACAGCGUGGCCAUAUGCAUAUUCAAAGGCUUGAAACUUGUCGCUCGCGGAAGGAUCGUGGAUGUGGUCGAUGGACUUGCCGGAUCUAGGAAUACCAAAUUAGUCCAGUGUUCCGCCCAAGUGAACUUGACCGAGGUAGCAUCUGGAUGCAUUUCAGCAUCAGAAAUUCUUCGAAGUGUGUGCAAAAGCUUAGUGCUGGACCGAAAAGAUCGAUUCAUGCGCAUUGCCAUGCCUGCCGAUGAGUUCUUUUACGAUUUCAUGUGGCUAUGUAGCCAGCUCAUGGUGGGUUCGGUAUCGCUCGUGACUAAAGAGUUCCAGGAAUGGUAUGAUUACACCACAUCUAUCCUGAUUCAGGGGCGCAGCUUUGAGAACGUCCUUCGCGACAGCAACGAAGCCAUCGGCGUCGGCUUGUCCUCAUCAGCUCCGAACCAGGAUGAGUACAUCUUUGACUCUUUUUUUGGUAGAUUCUUCGAUACUGUCAUGAGGAUGUCGUUACGUCUGAUGGUCACUCGUAACGGACGUAUCGGUAUGGUCUCUGAAAAGGCGAGCAAGGGGGAUCUGGUUUGCGUGCUUUUAGGUUGCAGCGUUCCCGUUUUGCUGCGGCAGUCCGGUGGUGAGGGGGAGGGUACUUUCAAAUUAGUAGGGGAAUGUUUCUUGGACGGAUUUAUGGAUGGAGCAGGCUUGGGUGGUGAUGCUUGUCCCGAAAGGGAUUUCUGCAUUGAAUAG